GGGGGGAGGGUGGUGGAGCGCCUUGCUUUCGAAAGGAUGGUGAUUGUGGAGCGUAGCCAGAGUAGAGUUAGGCGUAUAUAAGGCCCGCCGGCCCGGCCCAAGUCAGUCAAUCACCGGACUACCAGCCCACCAUACACACACCAAACAUGAAGGCCUUUGUUGUGUUCGCCUGUCUGGCAGUGGCGACGGCGCGCGCCGGAAUCGCGCACGGACCCGGCUAUGCCCUGGCCGGAGGUCAUGGCGGUUACGGAGGCGUUGGUCUCGCGGGAGUCGGCCUGGUCGGCGGAGGUGCUAGUCUCUCUGGUGGUCUGGCAGCUGGUGCCGGCAGCGCGAGAUCUCUCCAAGAGGGUGCCUCCAGCUUGGGAUCCUCCGCUCUUGGUGCCAGCUACGCCGCUGGAUCCGCGGCGGCGGCUGGAGCUGCUGGUGUUCAACAGAUUGUCUCUGGUGGAGUGAUCGGUGGCAGGGCUGACAUUGGACCUGCCGAAGGACCCAAGGCUAACGUUGGACCCCAGAGCGGACCAUCUGACAGCGUUGGACCCCAAGAAGGUGCCAAGAACGUAGGUGGACCACGUACCGGCCCAGCUGGCCUCGUAGGACCCGCCACCGGCCCAUUCACCUCCGUGGGUGCAUCCGCCGGUACCUCCACCCUCGUUGGACCAUCCCAGGGUGCCGCUAACUUGGUAGGACCAUCCGUGGGAGUUGUAUCUUUCUACGCCGGAAGUGGUAACAUCAACGGUGACGACGGAAGCUCUGGAUCCGCUGCAGCUGCCGCGCCUGGUGGUCUCGCUGGUCCAGCUCUCGGCCUCGGUGGUGCUGGUGCCAUCGCUGUUGUGGGUGGUGGUGCCGCCGGAUACGGCGCUGGCCUUGGCGGACACGACGGUGGUGUUGCUGUGAUCAACGGACCGUCUGGCGCCAUCCACGCUGGACUCGGCUCUCACGGAGCUAUCAUCCCCGGGGCACUCGGCAAGUACUAGACGUUCUAAGGCCCCAGCGAUCUCGGCUCGGCGACGGCGGCAAACCCACCACAGUCACUUACCGGUCUCAAACGAUCCUCAAACGCGCUCAACGUCUUCUUCCCAAAGCUUCGUCCAACCUAGGAACAUGGUUAUAGCGCCGGCGUUAGUGGUGUAGUCGGUAUAUAGUCGGAAUAUUCUAAUCACAAGUAAUCCAGUCGGUAUAUAUCGAGACAAGGUGUGAAGGCGCGUGUUGAAGCAAAUGGCUCCUCUUUCGAUGACCUGCCAUCUACGACCACGGGCUCAGAUCUCGGCAAAGUGUUGCACACCGUGGCCCCAGGCCAUUCGUGAUCCGCGGCUCUCGUUCCGCCUCCUCGUCGAGGAGACGCGACUCGUCCCCCCUCGAUCGUAAGACGAGGGCACGGAUUAAAUUUAGUCAAUUUCUUUAUAUUUCAUCAUGUCAUAUCGCGAUCGCGACGCGGAGGAAGACGCGGCGAAGCCGUGAUUGGCCCAGCCACGGCUGUUGCAACGGCGGAACGCGACGCACGGGCAUCUUGGUCGCGAACUUGGAGCGCAAACGACGGGCCCGAGUCGAUCGGGCGAACGGCAACCCAACCCACAGGUUUUUCCAUAUCAAAGGACCUGGAAACCACCGCGCCAGUUACCCAGAAGUCAACGCAAGCACGUUGAACCCGGCUGCUCCGUCCAUGGACCCGGCAAGUGGACAAGCUUUGGCGCUUCGUCGUUGGACCAACUGGGUUCUGUUCUGUUUUCUGAACACCCACCGUUGCUCCGGCAGUAUUCUCUAUUUUUUUUAUUUUUUUAUUUUUUUUUUCCCCUCUCUCGCUCUCUCUCUUACGUCCUCCACCAUCCACGUAAGGCCGUCGUAUACUCUUCACACGUUUUUAUCUACCACUCUUUUUUUUUUUUCUUUCUCUCUCCCCCUCUCUCUUCCGAUGAGCCGCGCGACGAUCAUCGAUCGCUUCACGGUCUCACAAGUUGUUAUACUCACUGCCGCACUCAAGCAUACAUAUUAUUAUUACAUUACUCGUCCAUGCGCAUAUAUGUUUUCUCUUUAUAUAUAUAUACAUGUAUACAUACUAUUACUACUACUUCCUUCGCGUAUAUAUAUAUAUGAACACAUUGCCACACGCGCGCACACACACUAUUGCUAUAUGUGUAUUCGUAUAUAUACACACACUACACAUAUAUUAUAUAAUCGUGUUAUAUGUUAGUGAAAGAGAGAGACCGGUAGAUUAUGGUAGGUCAGCCCUUCCCGUGAGUGAAUGAAUGUAAAUAGAUGGCGCGCCGCUGCCGGCCCCCGACCCCGCCCGCCCUCGUCAUACCCUUUCUUUGCGAUCACGACUAGCACCCCACCACCACCAUAGAUAGAUACCACAUAUUUAUAGCGUUUAUACAUUUAUACAAUACUUUAUAUAAAAUAAAGCAUCAGUAUUUAAAACUCA